UUUCUGCUGAGUGCAAGGUUACCAAGUUCUAUGGAUGAUGACAUCUUUCGUGCGCACAAAGUGCCAUCUUCUUCCAUAACAGAGAUAAAGUUCGAUAUUUUAACAAAGGCAGAUAUAGUUAAGUAUAUUCUUGAUCUUAUAUCUAUAUGAGCUUUCUAAUUAUUCUUUGUGUAUUAGUUCACUGUUACUUUAGCAAUGAAAUUAGAUCAAAUGGCAUGCAUUUACCGUGAGAAAUUCUCUGCCUUGGAGAUAAAUGCAGCCGGGCAGGUCACUUGUUCUGAUUUGGGACUUCCAAAUCUAUCUUCUGAGUGCACCACAUGUGGUGCUGUUUACGAUAGAAAUCAUUGUGAAGGUCAUUUUGGAGUGAUCAAAUUUCCUUUUACCAUACUCCAUCCAUAUUUUAUGACAGAGAUUGCACAAAUUUUGAACGAGAUUUGCCCUGCAUGUAAAUCUAUUCGACGUGAAUUACGGAACAAGGGUGCUCAAUUAAUCUCUGGAAUCAAGCAGCUUAAUGGUUGCAAAUACUGUUUUGGAAAUGGUAUGGGUCGUUAUCCAGCAAUGAAAUUCAGAGUUUCUUCAAAUGAUCUCUUCAGAAGAACUGCAAUUAUUGUUGAAAUAAAUGAUAAGACUUUAAAGAAGAAGAAAACUUUGGGGCCAAGAUUGCCUGCUGAUUACUGGGAUUUUAUUCCUAGAGAUGCUCAACAAGAAGAAAAUUAUGUAAAUAGAAGGGUUUUAUCACCUCUUCAGGUUCAGCUUUUGUUGAGUGAUGUAGAUCCAAACUUUAUUGAAAAAUUUGUUCGAAGAGCGGAUUUGCUUAAUCUUGAAUGCUUUCCGGUGACGCCAAAUUGUCAUCGUGUGACAGAAGUACCUUAUGCAUUUUCCAAAGCAAAAGGAUCGUUGAGCUAUGAUGACCGGACCAGGGCUUGUAAGAAAUUGGUUGAUUUCAGGGGUACAGCUGAAGAGUUAAGUUCUCGUGUGUUGGAUUGCCUGAGGAUCUCUAAGCUAAAUCCUGAUAAAACACCACAUAAUAUUUUUACUGAUAUCCAACAAAGAAAGAUUGCAGAAAAUGGUUGUAAUUCUUCUGGUUUGAGAUGGAUGAAAGAUGUGGUUCUUGGAAAACGCAAUGAUAGUUCAUUCCGGUCUGUGGUUGUUGGUGAUCCAGAUCUUGAGCUUGGUGAAAUUGGUAUACCAUGUCAAAUUGCAGAAAGUUUGCAGGUUUCUGAGUAUGUGAACAGCCAUAAUAAAGAAAAAUUGCAUUAUUGUUGUGAGCUACACUUGUUAGAGAAGGGACAAAUAAAUGUCUGCAGAAAGGGUCGUUCAGUUGUACUGUACAAAAAGGAGGAUCUACAAAUAGGAGACAUUAUUUAUAGGCCUCUUGGUGAUGGGGAUAAAGUGUUGGUAAAUAGGCCUCCUUCCAUUCACCAACAUUCUAUGAUUGCUCUCAGGGUUAGGGUCCUUCCGAUAUCUUCUGUAGUAUCUAUUAACCCACUCUGUUGUUCCCCCCUGCGUGGGGAUUUUGAUGGUGAUUGCCUUCAUGGGUAUAUUCCACAAUCAGUUGGUGCAAGAGUUGAGCUUAAUGAGCUGGUUGCUUUAGAUAAGCAAUUGAUUAAUGGGCAAAGUGGUAGAAAUCUGCUUUCACUUUCUCAGGAUAGUUUAACUGCUGCAUAUUUGCUGAUGGAAGAUGGGGUCCUUUUAAAUGUUUACCAAAUGCAGCAGCUUCAAAUGUUUUGCAGUAAAAAAUUAACACCUGCUGCAAUUGUAAAAGCUCCUUCAAGUAAAACCUCAUUUUGGAGUGGCAAGCAAGUGUUCGGCACGCUCUUGCCGUCUAAGUUUGACUAUGAUUUUCCUUCAAAUGGUGUUUUUGUCAGUGACGGGGAGCUUAUAUCUUCUUCUGAGGCUUCUGGUUGGUUGCGUGAUUCUGACCACAAUGUUUUCCAAUGUCUUGUGGAACGUUUUCAAGGGAAAACUCUAGAAUUCUUGUAUGCUUCUCAGAAAGCUCUUUGUGAAUGGUUAUCAAUGACAGGAUUUAGUGUUUCACUCUCAGACUUGUACCUUUCUUCUGACUCUGAUGCACGGAAAAAUAUGAUGGAGGAGAUCUCCUUUGGCUUACGAGAAGCAGACCAGGCAUGUAAUUUCAGACAGUUAUUGGUAGAUUAUUAUUGUGAUUUUCUGUCUGGGCAUCUUCAGGAGAAUGAAAAUGCUAUGACUGUUGAUGCGGAUCGUUCGCAUUAUGAAAGGCAAAUAUCCGCUGCUCUCAGUCAAGCAUCAGUUGAUGCUUUUAGACAAGUUUUUCGCAAUAUUCAAAGUUUAGCUGACAAAUAUGCAUUUAAGGACAAUACUUUCCUUGCUAUGUUUAAGGCUGGAAGCAAAGGUAAUUUACUGAAACUAGUACAACAUUCCAUGUGCCUUGGCCUGCAACAUUCUCUGGUUCGCUUGUCAUACAGAAUUCCCCAUCAACUUUCUUGUGAAGCUUGGAAUAGUCAGAAGGAGCUUGAUUCAAUCCAGAUGUUUUCUGGUACUCUUGAAUCUGUUAAGUCUUACAUUCCAUGUGCUGUGGUUGAAAGCUCUUUUCUGACUGGGUUGAAUCCAUUUGAAUGUUUUGUUCAUUCAGUGACAAAUCGUGAUAGCUCUUUUAGUGACAAUGCAGACCUUCCCGGAACGUUGACACGCAAACUUAUGUUCUUCAUGCGUGAUUUGUAUGAUGCAUAUGAUGGAACUGUCAGAAAUUUAUAUGGUAAUCAGCUGAUUCAGUUUUCUUAUGAUACUGAGGAGGACUCAUCUUCUGAUUGCUGUUUUCAAGAAUAUACUAUAGGUGGUGAACCAGUUGGAGCACUUUCUGCUUGUGCGAUUUCUGAAGCUGCAUACAGCGCUUUGGGUCAACCAGUUAGUCUGCUUGAAACAUCACCUUUGCUGAAUUUAAAAUACGUCCUAGAGUGCGGUUCAAGGAAAAAACGUGGUGCCCAAACUGUGUCCUUAUUUUUAUCUGAGAAACUUGGUAAACACAGAAAUGGGUUUGAGUAUGCAGCCCUAGAAGUUAAGAAUUAUUUGGAAAGAAUGAUAUUCUCGAACAUUGUAUCUACUGUCAUGAUAAUAUUCACUCCACAGUCUUGCAUCCUAGAAAAACACAGUCCCUGGGUUUGCCAUUUUCAUUUAGACAAGGAAAUUAUAAUGAGAAGAAAAUUGAAAGUGGAUUCUAUCAUUGACUCUCUUUACCAGAGAUGGGACUCCCUAAGCAAAAAAUCAAAAGUCAUAUUUUCCAGUUUGAAAAUAUCAAGCAACCUUCACUGUUCUUCUACAGAUAAAGUAAAGGAGGGUGAAGAUUGCAUCACUGUUACUAUUGUUGAAAGCUCUAAGAAUUCUAUACAACUGGAUGAUGUUCGGGACUUGAUGAUGCCUUUUCUUCUAGGAACAGCUAUAGAAGGAUUUCUGGAGAUCACGAAGGUUGAAAUUCUCUGGAAUGAUCUGUCAAAAGUACCAAAUUCUUAUAAUUGUUCUUCUGGUGAACUGUACUUGAGGGUUACGAUGUCCACCGACAGUCAUAAUGGAGCAUUCUGGGGUGUACUCAUAAAUCAUUGUCACAAGAUUAUGCAUAUGAUUGACUGGACACGAAGUCAUCCAGAUAACAUUCAUCAUUUCAGCUCAGCCUAUGGAAUCGAUGCAGGGGUGCAAUAUUUUCUUCAUAAUUUGGCAUCUGCAACAUCUGAUACUGGCAAGUCAAUACUUCCUAAGCAUUUGCGUCUUGUUGCCAAUAGUCUCUCAGCUUGCGGAGAGUUUGUGGGAUUAAAUGCUAAAGGCAUGGCACGGCAAAGACAACAUGCAUCUGUUUCAUCACCCUUUGUGCAAGCAUGCUUUUCUAAUCCUGGUGGUUGCUUUAUAAAAGCUGCUAAGUCUGGAGUUGUGGAUGAUCUCCGGGGAAGCCUAGACGCAUUGGCUUGGGGAAAAUGUCUUUCAAUGGGGACGAGUGGACAGUUUGAUAUCAUAUAUUCAGAGAAGGGACAAGAGCUUGCUAAGUCUGUAGAUGUGUAUAACCUGCUAGAAGACAGUUUUGACCAGCUGAAUGAUAAGAUUGAUACCCCUGAUUCUCACAAGUAUUCAUCUGACAAGUGCGGUUCUGAGUUUAGGUAUAAAAAUGGUGGUUAUGCCUUGAAAGAGAGUAAACAGUGGAAAAGCAUUUUGAGAAAUUUCGUGACUGUAAAUGAUAUUCAGAAGCUGACUGUUUCAUCAAGGCGCAUAUUGAACAAGUAUUCGAUUGAUCAGCUAUUAAGUGAGUGGGACAAGGUAACAAUGCUGAAGGUUUUGCGUUUUCAUCCUCGUAGAAAAGAAAAACUUGGCCCUGGGCCACAGGACAUAAAGGUUGGAUGGCAUCCUAAACAUAAGGAUAGCCGUUGUUUCCAUAUAAUACGUACCGAUGGGACUGUUGAAGAUUUUUCCUACCGCAAGUGCAUUCUUGGUGCUCUUGAGAUUGUUGAUCCAGAAAAGUCCAAGAGCCAGAAGAAAAAAUGGUCGGGGAAGGAUGACAUUUAAGUUAUCUUUAUGCAUGCAUGUCCAAGCAUAAUAAGUGACUGGCAUUUGAACUGGUGACAGUCAUAGACUAAAAAAUGAGGUGAUGUUUUUCUCUGAAGAAAUUAUGGUAAUAUACAGUUGGAAGGUUAAUAGCAGUGCCAAGACUCUUCAAUCACAAAAAACAAGGUUGUUUUUCUACCUUUGAUUUAAAAGGUUGUCCCAAAUCAAUGGUAGAGAAGCACAGUUGUCUUUUGUGGGUUUUGAGUAAUGCCAUUGGCAUUAAUCCAACUAAAAGGUGAAUAGUUUGGAGCCUUCUUUCGUUGUAUACUAUCUCAAAGCUAGACUGAGUAGUAGUUAACUCAAAUGUAGCUCGAUGAAUUUAUCUCGUCUGAUAGAAGCAGUGGCAGCGAAUCAAGAUGAAAGUGAUAAUUUUGUACAGCGCACAUUUUGAAACAAGGAGAUGACGCAUAGAAGGGAGUAUACAAGUUGAAAGCAAAUGGUAGUACAUUUUUUUUAAUAUUAACAA